AUGAGCCCUGCGGGGAGGGGGCAGCGCCGGGACCCCCAGAACGGCGUGGAGGUCCUCCAACAACAGCCGGAGGUCCUCCAACAACAGCCGGAGGUCCUCCAAGAGGCCGCGGUCGACCGAGGUGGUGCUGUGGUCCUCCAAGGAGCCGUGGUACCCCCGGAAGCUGAGGUCCUCCAAGACUCUAUGGUCAGCCAGGGGUCUGUGGUCCUCCAAGGCUCUGUGGUCCUCCAACAUCCCGCGGUCCACCUGGAGACAGAGGUCCCCCAAGACUCUAUGGUCCGCCAGGACCCCAAUGUCAACCAAGACGUCGUUGUCCUCCAGGACUCUAUGGUCAGCCGGGGGUCCGUGGUCCUCCAAUGCUCUGUGGUCCUCCAAAACCCCCCGGUCCAGCUGGAGGCAGAGGUCAACCGAAGGUCUGUGGUCCUCCGAGACCCCGCGGUCCUCCAAGAUCUCAUUGGCAGCCGAGACUCCAUGGUCCUCCAAGACUCCGUGCUCAGCCGAGGCUCCGUGGUCCUCCAAGACCCCACGAUCCACCUGGAGACAGAGCGUUUCGUCCCCGCAGACCUGGAGGACCCCACAGCCCUGGGGGACGCAGAGAGCCGCCGGGACUCUAUGGUCAGCUGCGGCCUCACGGAUCAGCAGGAGCUGAAGACCCCCCGUGACUCCACGGCCCCUCUGGAUCUGGAGGUCCUCCAGAACUCUGUGUCCGACUGCCGCCCCACAGCCCCUCUAGGCCCGAGGCUCAGCCCAACUCUAUGGUUGACCGUGACACAACGGAACACCUUGACUUGA